UUUGAGUUCUUUGACAGGCAGGCAAGCUCCAUCCGGCGCCGAGGCACCGAUUAGUGAUUCAAUAGUUAGCCAUGGCGGCCACAGGAGGAGGGAAAAUUAGAUCAAGAAGAUACCAUAUCACUUCAAAGCCGUAUGCUAAAGGAAAGCAGCAGGCAGGCCUCAUCAGCAGAGUGACUGACACGGUGAAGAGCAUCGUCCCCUCCUGGCUGCAGAAGUACUUUAAGAAUGGCGAGGUGGCAGAGGGCCCGGCCGCCUCUGCUCUAGCAGGCCCCGAGCUUGACGGUCAGGCCUCCGCAACAGCGCCCAACGGCAACGAGGACGGCGGACCGCUGCCCGACGGCCGGGACACACCAGAGCCCAGCACCAGUAACACAGAACCUUCAACGAGCCGCGCAUCGCUGAACUUCAACGAUGUGCUGUCGCGGCCCCCCCUCAACCGCUCCCACCUCCACUUCGCCUCCCUGGACAGCUCGGCGGUGGCUUCAGCUGGACUUGGCCUGGGGGGCUCCAGCUCCCUCUUCCCCCAGCCCUCCACAUCCUCGGCGGCCGGGGGCCCCUUCGGCAGCCCUUUCCCUCUGGCCGGAGCCUCCACUUCGGCUGCGGGGCCCUUCGGAAGUCCCUUUGUCAGUGCUGGCGGGGCCUCCACGUCGGGAUUCUCCCUGGUGAAGGAGAUCAAGGACAACAGCUCGCAGCACGACGAUGACAACAUCUCCACCACCAGCGGGUUCUCCUCACGCGCCUCCGACAAAGACGUGCCCACCUCAAAGCCUGCCCCGCUGCUUUGGUCCCCAGAGACAGAUCGCACCCACUCAGGCUCGCACCAGCACGCGGCCCAGACGGGACUCAAGAAGCCCGCCUUCAACCUGUCCGUCUUCGGAAACUCCACUUUGUCUACUUCGAUGAAUGCUUCAGUGCUGAACUCCAGUCAGCUGGGUGACUCCCCCUACUACCCAGGCAAGACCACCUACGGAGGCGCCUCGGCCACCCGCAGCACACGCUCUCGCCCAAGCACACCUUAUCAGGUCCCGGUGAGGAGACAGAUCAAGGCCAAGCCGGCCGGAGCACAGCCCUGUGGCGUCACUAGUGCCACCGCCCGACGCAUCCUGCAGUCCUUGGAGCGCAUGUCCAGCCCACUUGCCGAUGCAAAAAGAAUACCCUCAACCAUAUCGUCACCUUUGUCAUCAUCACUGGAUCGCACAGACUUGGAAUCCUCCCCGUUCCAGGUCAAGAAGAAAAAGAUGGACGUGUCUCUGCCGCCGGUGAAGAGGCUGGUGGUGCCCACGGCAGCUGCCUCCACCUCCGCCUCCACCUCCGGGAGCCGCUCCAUGUUGUUCCGUCCCUCGCUUACACCUGGCGGAAUCAAUCGGGCACUGGAGAGGACGGCCUCUAGGGACACGCCUGUGAGGAAAUCUCCCGUAAUACCAGAUGCCACACCAAUCCCCUCUCAAAGCACAAGCUCCCCAGCGUACCCCUUGUCCAGCACCCCUGCUGUCAGCGCCAGCGCAGCAGGCUCCGGAGGAGGCAAGAUGAAGCGGGAGAGGGCCACCACACGGGCCUCGAGCAAACGACCAGACGACGAGGUAGCGGAGAUGCCUGACCUGCCCGCCAUCUCCCUCCCCAUCAGCACGCGAGCACUGCCCACCUUCAGCUUCUCCUCUCCAUCCAACACCUCCACCCCCACGCCAGCUCCUGUCACAGUCCCCGCUCCUUCUCCAGCCCCUGCACCAGCCCCCACCAAAGCAGCGCCCACCCCCCAAGACACCCCCGCUACCAAGGAUCCUCCAGUGCCCUCUACUCCUCCCUCGUUGCCCUUCACUUUUGCCUCUCCUAUCGUCAAGGCAACACCUGCCAGCCCUCCAUCCUUCUCUCCCACAUCUGGGUUCACCUUCAGCGCUCCUGUUAUGAAGACUGGUCUCGCUGUGUCGAAUGACUCUGCUGCUGCUUCACCCAUCACCCUGGCAGUAAAGAGUCCACCUAGUGCAGAGACGAAAGCAGAGUUCGAGGGCCCCUUCAAGCCAGCCAAGACCCUGAAGCAGGGCAGCGUGCUGGAUCUCCUCAAAGCUCCUGGUUUUGCCUCCAGCACCCCCACCUCAACCCCCUCCUCCUCCUCUACGCCGGCUCCGGCCCUUCCCCUCUCCGGCUUCGGGGACAAAUUCAAGCCCGCGUCGGGCUCCUGGAGCUGCGACACAUGCAUGGUGCAGAACGUGGCAGCAGACUCCAAGUGUGUCGCUUGCCAGACUUCUAAACCCCAGAAAGACUCAUCCUCCUCCUCUUCCUCUUCCAAAUUGGACAGUAAACCCCCUGCGGUGUCUGUAUCGGCGAGCUCUGGCCCGGGUCUGGCAUCCCUGUUCGCCCCUACCGCGGGAACCUGGGAGUGCGACACCUGCCUGGUGCAGAACAAACCCGACGCGCUCAAGUGCGUGGCCUGCGACACCGCCAAGCCGGGCACGGGCGUCAAGCCUGGCCUCACCCUGCCGUCUUCUCUCUCCACACCCUCCUCUUCAUCUUUCUCAUCUUCCGCCACCACCACUGCGGCCGGUACUCCCGAUGCUGCUGCUGCUACUACAACCUCCUCUUCAUCAGGAGGGCUACUGAGUUUCGGGGAGAAGUUCAAGAAGCCAGAGGGGUCGUGGGAGUGUGACACCUGCAUGGUGCAGAACAAGGCACAGGACGCCAAGUGCGUGGCCUGCCAGACUGCUAAACCAGGAGCAUCCUCUGCGGCGCCUGCCUCCCUGCCCCCUCUCUCCUCCAGCUCCACGGCGCCCCUAGUGGGCUUCGGGGACAAGUUCAAGAAGGCGGAGGGCAGCUGGGAGUGUGAUGUGUGCUGCGUCCAGAACAAGGGGGACGACCUGCAGUGUGUGGCGUGUCAGACCAACAAGCCCGGAGCCAAAGUGGAGCCUAAAGCAUCAGUGUUUGGUUCCUCAGCAGCCUCUGACUCCAGUUCUGGAGGCUUCAAGUUUGGCCUCAGCAGCAGCAGCAGCAGCAGUAGUACCCCGGCCGCCUCCACGGGUGGCUUCAAGUUCGGCACCACCGCCACCGAUUCCUCAUCCUCCUCUAGCGCCCCCUCUGGCGGCUUUAAGUUCGGUGGCAGCAGCACCUCAGACUCCUCCAGCGGUGGCGGCUUCAAGUUCGGAGGCGCGUCGGACUCUUCGUCCUCUACGGGAGGUUUUAAGUUCGGUAGCACCGCAGCUUCUGAUUCAUCGUCUACAGCCACCACCGAAGCCUCGACCGGAGGCUUCACAUUCGGCCUCUCCUCAUCAUCCACCUCCUCCUCUGAAGACUCUAAGAAGGCUGACGCCCCUAGCUUAGGUGGAGGCUUCAAGUUUGGUUCCAGCAGCGGCGGUAGCGUGACAUUUGGCAUGUCGAGCGCAACACCUGCAUCGAGUACCCCUCCCCCUGCGUCUGUCACAGACUCCCCUGCCCCCUCCACUGGCUUCACCUUCGGUCUCUCCAAACCAGAGGAGACGACGACGACAGAUACCACCACUACGGCAGCCCCCGCCCCCACCUUUAGUUUCUCCACCCCCCAGGACUCCUCCUCCUCUGCUGCUGCCACCACCACCUCCUCGCUGCCCGUCUUUGGCGAGGCCGCUGUAGCAGCGCCCAAGGAGCCGACGCUGUCUGCCCCUACCUUCUCCUUCGAGAAGGAUGCGAGCGCUGCCGCCCCGGCUGUCUCGAGUAGCGGCGGCGGCGGCUUCGUGUUCGGAGCGGUUAAAGAGCCAGAGAAGUCCGUCACCUCCACGGCUCCUGUCGGAGGAGGGUUCACCUUCGGGAAGACUGAUGUCACGGCUGCUGCUCCCGCCGCUGCUGCGGAGUCUACAGCGCCAGUCUUCAGCUUCGGGAAGCCUGCGGAGAAGAGCGAGCCAGAGGACUCCAAACCUUCCUUCACCUUUGGGGGAAGCACAGACGCAUCUGCUACCAAGCCAGCUUUCGGCGGCUUCAUGGCAGCUGCCUCCUCCAGCACCCCCUCCACCACUCCCCCCGCCCCCAGCCUCUUCGGAGCCUCCGCCAGCACCACCACCUCUUCCCUGGCCGCCCCUGCCCCCGCACCAGCCUCCACCGGCACCUUCCUGUUCGGCCAGAGCUCUGCCACUGACGCGCCACCGGCUAAGGCGCCCUUCCUAUUUGGUUCGCAGCCGCAGGACGUUAGCACGGCUCCCGCUGCUCCUGCUGCCACCUCCGCCACCCCCUCUCAGCCCUUCCUCUUCGGGGCAUCGACCACCGCCGCCGCACCGCCCCCCUACCCCUUUGGAGCCGCCACCUCCUCCACGCCCGCAUCUGCAGCCCCGUCACCCUUCUCCUUCAGCGGCGCCCCUUCCUCUGGUGGUUUUGGCUCAUUUGGCCAGGCGGCAACGCAGCAGCCAGCCGCCCCUGCGUUCGGCUCCUCCACCCCCUCCUUCUCGGCGGCCACCUCGCAGCCCCCAGCCUUCGGGGCCAAGCCCAGCGCCGCACCAGUCUUCGGACAGGCGGCCAACGCCACGCCGGCAUUCGGAUCCUCCAGCACCACCGCUGGCCAAGGCGGUGGUUUCCAGUUUGGUGGUGCCAGUGCAUUUGGGGCGCCGGCUGCCGCUGGCUCGGGGAUUUUCACGUUCGGCGGUGGCCCCAACGCUGCUGCUCCGGCCGCCGCCCCCCAACCCACGGCUCCUGGAGGAGGCUUCGCUUUCAACUCCACUCCAGCAUUCAACAUCGGGUCGGUGAAGAGUUCCGGGGGUCCACCCACUCCCAUCGCUGGGCGCAAGAUCAAGACAGCAGUGCGGCGCAGGAAGUAGACGUGACAAAGACACACGAUGGACACGGAGCAAGGGCUCCCUCCGCUGGGCAACCUCUGGUAACUGCAGGGCACCUGCCUGGUGGAGGGAGGGCAAAGAGAGAAGAGGAUGAGCGGUGUGUUUGCAGCACAGAGGACACCUGGUGUGACCUUUUGGGGUCAGUAAUCGGAAGGAAAGAAGAAGAAUGGAGCAAAAACGCUCGCACUUACACUCACAAACACGGGACUUGAGCGAAUAAAUAGAAUCAAAUAAAUAAAAACAACCAAACAGACUUUAAAAACAAACACUUGACGCUUAAGAAAAAGUAAAAAAGGAGAAAAAAAAGCAAAAAUAAUAAUAUAAUAACAAAAAUGUCAAUCAAGCCACAAACCUCUGCUUCAUGUGACUAUGAGGGUCUAUUUUUAACAUCCAUUGUCGUGAGCAAGGACUUGAGCGUUAUUUUGAGGCAUUGUGGAACGGGGGGGGGGGUUGGAUCAUAAACACAAAUGCAAAACGAAUUCGAUGGAGUUGACACAAUCCAGUUAAGGGGAUUGAAAUCUUUUUAUUUUGGUUUCUCUUUUGAUUUUUUUCCCUUUUUCUUUCUUUUUUUUCCCCCAGUGGGCUGAUCAGGUUGAUGUUCGGACGUGGCAGCAAAGACAUUUUGGUUUUGAUUUUGUUUUCUUUCUUUCUUUUUUUUCCCUUUUACUGUGUCAGGCUGCCGGAGUUUGCUGUAUGUACAGAUGUUGUUUUGAAAAAUGUGCUGAACAGAGAUGGACGCUUAAGCGCGCGUGCGUGUGUCUGUACGUUUGUUCGUGUGGUUGUACGUGUACAUGUUUCUCCCCCCCCUCCCUGUACAGCUGUUAAAAAGAGUGUGUAGGUGCGCAUGAGUGGUGUGUGAAAGGGUACGCGUUUGCACGUUCUUGUGUACAGUAACAGGGCUGAGCGUGUGUGUAUGUAUGUUGGCGUGUCUGAGCUGGGUUUAGAGUUUGAGGUGGUAGCCAGUGUGGUCGAGUGCCGUCUUACAUGAGGAGAAGCUAAUGAAUGUGUUUAUACAAGAGGGUGCACUGUGGGGGGUUUAAGAAGAAGCCCCUGGAAAAAAAACACCUCUGUAAUUCUGUAGUUUUCAAAAUCUGUUCAUAUUGCUCUCUUUCUUUCUUUCUCUCUCUCUCUCUCUCUCUCUCUCUCUCUCGUCUAUAAAAAAACCUUCUCUCCCAUCUCUAUCUCUUGCUCAGUCUCUCCCUCUUGCUCUGUCUCUGUACUUUCUUGCUCUUAAUUGGCCUUUCAAUAUUACAAAAUACUUGUAAAUAGUGUUUUCUUUCUUUUUUAUGUGAUUUUUUUUUCCCUGUUUUGUUUUCUGCGCGUGGGUGUUAAAGGAAACCUUUUUUGUUCAGCAUUUGUCUUUUAGAUUUUAUUAUUAUGUAAAGCCCUUUGUUCAAAGUUGCCCAAAUCCAUUUAAAAGACUCUUAAAUGCAAAUUGGGGAUCCUUUGACGACUAAAGGUAUAUUGGCUAUACUGAUCCACUUUUGUUUGGACCAAAACCAGUAUUGUAAAAAGUGUUAAGUAUAUAUUUUUCUAUGACUUGUUUAAAUGGACUAGGGUGACUUUGGAUAAUAAGGACGUCUACUUAAUUUUAAAGCCAUUACUAUUUGAAUGAGUGAAAAAUAAAACCAUGGUUAAUUGCCAUCAAUAAAAUUAUAAAAUAG